AUGAACGCUGGGUUCUUGCUGCGGGUGGCCAAAGGUCGCUGGUGGAGCCGUUCAGGGGGGUUUUUGGGGUCCGGGGAGGCGGCGUCACCAGCGACAGCCAGAAAAUUCCGGGUGACAGGCUCGCGCUCGGCGGGGGAGGAAGAACCCAGCGGCCCCGAGCGGCCCGGGGACGUGGUGAACGUGGUGUUCGUAGACCGGUCAGGCCAACGGAUUCCGGUGAGAGGCAGAGUCGGGGAUAAUGUUCUCCACCUGGCCCAGCGCCACGGGGUGGACCUGGAAGGGGCCUGUGAAGCGUCCCUGGCGUGCUCCACCUGCCACGUGUAUGUGAGCGAGGACCACCUGGACUUUCUGCCUUCUCCUGAUGAGCGGGAGGAUGACAUGCUGGACAUGGCCCCCCUCCUCCAGGAGAACUCGCGGCUGGGCUGCCAGAUCAUCCUGACACCGGAGCUGGAAGGGGCCGAAUUCACCCUGCCCAAGAUCACCAGGAACUUCUACGUGGAUGGUCACGUCCCCAAGCCGCACUGA